AUUCCUACUAUUAUGUCUUCUCUGUCAAAGCCAUCGAUCCUCUGCCUUCCACAGUCUUGCACCCAUCGUCAAGAAUUCCAGAGGGUAUCUCUGAGGGCCGAGGAGACGAGGAAAAAGUCUAGAGAUGACUACUGCAGCUCGACCCACAUGGGCACCGGCUAAAGGUGGAAAUGAACAAGGUGGCACUCGAAUUUUUGGCCCAUCACAGAAAUAUUCCUCCAGAGACAUCGCUUCUCAUACGACCUUGAAGCCCAGGAAGGAAGGACAAGAUACCCAUGAUGAAUUGCAAAGGAGGAAUCUCAGGGACGAGUUAGAAGAUCGUGAAAGGAGGCAUUUUUCAUCAAAGAAUAAAUCAUAUGAUGAUAGAGAUCAUAGAAAAGGAAGCCAACUUCUGUUAGAAGGCGGAAAGAGAGAUAUUGAAGAUCGUAUUAUUCCACGAAGUUUAGAUGCUGACGAUUCUGAUGUGGACGUCAAAAGUGACAACGAGAGCAGUGAUGAUGAUGAGGAUGACGACGACGAGGAUGAUACUGAAGCUCUUUUGGCUGAGCUGGAACAAAUAAAGAAGGAAAGAGCGGAGGAGAAGCUUCGGAAGGAAAGACAAGAGCGGGAGGAAGAGCUUAAAGUCAAGGAAGCGGAGUUACUCCGAGGAAAUCCACUGCUUAACGAGCAACCCGCCUCUUUUAGUGUCAAAAGAAGAUGGGACGACGAUGUUGUGUUCAAGAAUCAGGCCCGUGGCGAAACAAAGACUCCUAAGCGCUUUAUAAAUGAUACCAUCAGGAACGACUUCCACCGAAAAUUCUUGCACAAGUACAUGAAGUAACAUGGUUAUCAAAAUCUACUGGCGCUAAAGGAUUCAAGUAAGUUCGAGUGGAGACUAAAACUGUAUAUUUGUUUUAUCCGCAUUACAUAAUUCGUAGUGUGACCUUCAGGUACCAGCCUCUAUGAAAUAUGCAUUGAAUAUUUUCAGUUUGCCUUCUGAAUUAGAUGAACUAUAAGGAUCCAAAACUAUGUCAAACGAAUGAUUAUUAAAAUGCUUUCAUGAGAACCUGUCUUAGCUCAUACUUUAAUAGCAAUAA